UUCAUCUUUUCAUGGACCGAAGGGGGUAAAAGGUGCAUCACCAUGUGAUUGGAGUCUCCUGUUGGCCACUUUCUCUGUUAAGGAUAAAUUCAUGAGAUAAGAAAAAGAUGGCAUCUAGAAUAAAUACCAGUUUCACUUUGAUUCCCAAUCAGAAAUAUAGACGUAGUAAUCGUCGAUCCAGCUAUUUUUCCAACACCCUUGAUUCAGAUUCUCAGCCCUUAUCAACGCUUGGAAAUUUUAAAGCCUUGCCAUUGGAAAUAUUCCAAAUAAUCUUAAGAUAUUUGUCAGUGAAGGAUGUCAGCAUGCUAAGUAUGGUGUCUAAAACAGUCAGCCAGCACAUUAUUAAUUAUAUUUCGACUGCAUCAGGAAGCAAAAGACUUUUACUACAGGACUUUCAUAACCUUGAGCUGCCUGGUAGGAAACAAGACUCUGCUAUACUGGAGCACUACAGAUCUCUAGGUCUACUAUUUAAAAGAUGCACAUUGCUGCUACCCACCAAGGAAAGAUUAAAGUACAUUCACAAGAUACUCUCAGAAGUUUCCUGUUUAAAAUUCAAUGGCUGUGCAGCUCCUAUGCAAUGUUUAGGAUUACCAUGUUAUGGCAUGUUUUUACAGACCUUAACAGCAGGUUGGGAUGAACUUGAGUGCCAUCGUGUCUAUAACUUCUUAUGUGAGUUGACUAAUCUCUCCCGCAAGAUGCAGACUGUUGUCUGUAGCAAACCAGGAAGUGCCCGAAAAUUAGAAUUAAGGAUCAGACUAUUCUGUAGAAAUGUCCUCCUUGAUCAUUGGACACAUCGAAGUGAUUCUGCUUUUUGGUUGACACGAAUAUUAAAACCAUGGCCAAUGGUGAAUCAGGCAAGAUUACUGUAUAUCAUCUUUGGGCCAACAUCUUCUCAGGAUGGACAGGUGGUUUGGCAGAAAAUGAUAGAAGGACCUACAGAUGAAUCCAGUCUGAAAGGUUUGGCUGAUGCCAUUAAACUACUGUAUGAUACAGGCACCAAAGAGUGGACAGCAGAUGAUGUUAUCAGUCUUGUAGAUGAACUGUCAGUGGUUCCUCGGGAGUGGCUUCUAGAGAAUAAUGCACGUCUCCUAAUCCUAAGUGGAAAUAACAUCUGUUUCACUUUCAUGGCUAGUAAAGCUGUGAAUGGACGGGCCAUUGAACUGGCAAGGCUCAUUGUCUUUUUGGCUUUGGUGUGUGAGAAAGAACUAUACUGCAUGGAUUGGGCAGUUAAAAUGAUGCAAAAAGUCUGUAAAGUCUUUAGCACUCUGGUGGAAAGAAAUAACUUCCUGCAGAGUGUGGCAAAUGCAUUUGCCUGUGUUACAAUGGAAAUGCUGCAGUCAAUCAUGUCUGGAGAUCGUGAUGAAGACGACAGAGGCUUUUUGAAUUUGUUCCAUCUUGUACAUGCUCAGGCUAACUUCCAUAAGGAGGUCUUAUAUUUGACCAUGAAUACACUCUCUCCCUAA